CCAAAUCGAACCACAAUCGAACCUCGAAUCUCGAAGGGAUCAAAAUUAAAAAUGGCGUCGGCUAUGGACAUCGAUGACGAGGAGAUUGAUUUACCAACUUCCAGCAGCAGCAAAGGGGAGAAGAAACGUUUUGAAGUGAAAAAGUGGAAUGCUGUGGCUCUGUGGGCCUGGGAUAUCGUCGUCGACAACUGUGCAAUUUGUAGAAAUCACAUCAUGGAUUUGUGCAUCGAAUGUCAGGCUAACCAAGCUUCCGCCACUAGCGAAGAAUGUACAGUCGCCUGGGGGGUGUGUAAUCACGCAUUCCAUUUCCAUUGCAUCUCUCGUUGGUUGAAGACUCGCCAGGUGUGCCCGUUGGACAAUCGUGAAUGGGAAUUUCAAAAGUAUGGCCACUAACCGGAUGCUCGCAGCCGACGCGAACAACAGAACCCUCAAGAAUUCCGCGACCGACCCAUGUGUAAUGAAAAAUCAAUUUCUACAAAAUAAUUAAAAUCUGUUCCAACCGCUUUCACGUUUUUUCUGAAAAAAAAAAAGAAAAAUGUUAUAAUAAAUUAUCAAUCAUUUUUAAAUAUCGUCUAACGCCGCACGCGAUAUAAAGUUAACGAAUGAUUUCAUUUGUCUAAACAGGUUAUCUUAUUCCGAUGUUUAAUCGCACUUUCGUCAUGCCUCAGCUGAAGUAAUUACCACUAUCGACAAAUUCAUUUAAAUUAUUUCCUCUUCUUUAUACAUAUACGUAACGAAUCGUGUUUCUAGAUUUAAAGUCGUGGUUUUGCUAUUUUGUAAUUAAUAUAGGUAUCAAAACUUGAAUAAAUUAAAAUGAUAAAUCGUAGGUAUA